GUUGCUGGGGGGGAGAGAGAAGCUCGAGGCAGUGGCUGAUCGUUAUGAAAGUGAAGACAUUUCUGUCUACGGAAUGUGUUUUUUAUAUUAAAAAACAGUUUUAUGACGAGAAUAAACACACACUCCGAAUCCCAGUGUUCACUGUGAACACAUCCUGCUUACAGCUCGCUCGUACUGCCGAACGCUCGAGCGGCGCCCGCGUUGGAUGAGAAGACCGUGCGGAAUUACGGGCCUCGUCGCCAUUGCUUCCUUCAGCGCUGCUGUGGUCUGCAGCGAAGCCUGCAAAGUGCGGGCAGAUUUUGUAGCUGUUCAAAAUGAAGAGAAAAGCAAAACAUCCUCGGCCAUCAACGAUACAGCGCCCAGCUUCUCCUAUAAAACCGUCGCCAAAUCGGGAAACCCUUACAUAUGCACAGGCACAGCGUAUGGUUGACCUGGAGAUUGACGGGCGCGUACACAGGAUCAGCAUCUUUGACAAGCUUGAGAUAAUUUCUGAUGACGAUGCCACUGCCCAGGAGAUCAUUGAGUGCAACAGCAACAAGGAGAACAAUGAAAAGCCACAGCAGGUCCUGGUGCGGUCCAUUCGGCUGAAGAACAACCAGCAGAAGAAGAACGCGGCACUCACUGCUACACAGGGUACACAGGCACCGGCAAGUACGCUGAAGGAGCCCAAGAUACGCACUGUGGAAUACAACCUUCCUGUGGUGCCUCGUAGACCACCCACCUACUACACCUACGUGGAGAAGACACCGGAGGAGUUGGACGAAGAGGUUGAAUACGACAUGGAUGAGGAGGACUACGCCUGGCUAGACUUGGUCAAUGAGAAAAGGAGGAGUGAUGGCUUCAGCCCCGUGUCACAGAAUGUGUUUGAGUUUCUUGUGGAUCGAUUGGAGAAGGAGUCAUUUCUUGAGAGCCAGGGCCUGACGGACCCACAGUCACUCAUAGAUGAGGAUGCUGUCUGCUGCAUCUGCAUGGAUGGUGAGUCUCAGAACAGCAAUGUCAUCCUCUUUUGUGACAUGUGCAACCUAGCGGUCCACCAGGAGUGCUACGGUGUACCUUAUGUCCCUGAGGGUCAAUGGCUUUGCCGCCACUGCCUACAGGCGCCCACGCAGCCUGCCAACUGCAUCUUCUGCCCCAACAAAGGAGGGGCCCUCAAGAAGACGGAGGAUGACCGCUGGGGUCAUGUUGUCUGUGCCCUGUGGGUGCCUGAGGUGGGCUUUGCCAACACUGUCUUCAUUGAGCCCAUAGAUGGAGUGAAGAACAUCCCUGCAGCCCGCUGGAAGCUCACCUGCUACCUCUGCAAGGAGAAGGGUAUGGGUGCCUGCAUCCAGUGCCAUCGAGCCAACUGCUACACAGCCUUCCAUGUGAGCUGUGCGCAGAAGUCAGGCCUUUACAUGAAAAUGGAGCCUGUGAAGGAGGUCACAGACUCGGGCACCACUACCUUCUCAGUCAAAAAGACAGCCUACUGCGACACGCACACACCUCCUGGCUGUGUCAGGAGGCCUCUUGUCAUCUACGACGAAGCCAAACCAAAAAAUGGACUCUGUCAGAAAGGGUCCAAGAUCAGUGGAAAGCUGGGGUUGAAAAAGAGCCCAAAGAAAAAGAAGAAGAGUAAGAAAGCAGCAUCUGAGACUUUAUCAGCCAUUCCAGCAGUGUCUGUGCCUGCUAUUUCACCCCAAAGAUUAAACACAAUCUUGAAUCAGGUGUCUAUCCAGAAGAAGAAGGUGUUUUUUGAGCGGGUGGUGAGCUACUGGACUCUGAAGAGGCAGUCAAGGAACGGGCUGCCCCUUCUCCGCAGGCUGCAGUCCAACCCGCAGACUCGAACAACGCAACCAAAGGAAAAGGAGAAGGAGAGCCAAGCUCUGAAAGAGCAGCUGAAGGAAUGGCACCGCCUGCGGCAUGACCUGGAACGGGCACGCCUCCUGCUGGAGCUCAUCCGCAAGCGGGAGAAGCUCAAGAGAGAGGAGGUGAAGCUCCAGCAGACAGCCAUGGAGGUACAGCUGACCCCAUUCACCAUCCUGCUGCGUUCCAUCUUGGAGCAGUUCCAGGAGAAGGACCAGGCCAGGAUCUUUGCUCAGCCUGUGAGCCUCAAGGAGGUCCCUGACUACCUGGACCACAUCCAGCACCCGAUGGACUUUUCCACAAUGCGCAAGCGCAUCAACACUCAGGGCUACAGGGACCUGGAUGAGUUUGAGGCUGACUUUGACCUCAUUGUGGCCAAUUGCAUGAAAUACAAUGCCAAGGACACCAUCUUCUACCGGGCAGCGGUACGCCUGCGAGACCAAGGCGGAGCUAUGCUCAGGAAGGCUCGUCGCCAUGCAGAGCGUAUCGGGUUUGAUUACGCCAGUGGGAUGCACCUGUCUGAAGUGCCGAAGCUGGAGCCCCCUCCCCCGUUCUCCUGGGAUGAUGUGGACUGGCUGCUGAAUCCAGCCAACCGGGAACACAUGUCGCUGGACGAGCAGCUGAAGCAACUGCUGGAGAAGCUCGACUUGACAAGCGCUAUGAAGUCAAGUCCCUCCCGCAGCAAGAGGCUGAAGCUGCUGAAGAAGACCAUCAGUGAUGUGCGGAAUGAGAUGAGCCUGCGGCAGACACCUGCAACGUCCUCCGAGCCAAGCUGCUCUACUGUGGCGGAGGAGGAGGAGGAGGAGGAGGAGGAGGAUGAUGAUGAGGGGGUUGAGGAGGCAGGACCUGCGGACCAAAUCCCAGAGGAAGACGGGGACAAGUCGCUGCCACCAAAGCUAGAGCCUUCGGACUUGUUACCUCCAGCCGUGAAUUCGGAUGGAAGUUCAGAGCCACCCACGCUGAAACCCAUCGAACCAGGUCCUGACAGCAAAUGUCCAAAGCGGCCCAAGUUUGAUAGUGAGAAACACAGUACUCCAGUUUCCAGUGAGAUGUUAAAUGGACACUCCUCUGAGCUACCACUGACCAAUGGGGACUCCAGCAUGGUGACCACGCCCACACUGGCUGAACCUGUUGGCAAUGUCAACCGGCGGACCUCAGUGCUCUUUCGGAAAUCUAAAAGCAUGAGUCCGCAGAAACCAGUCAAAGCGGGCGAUGCAGAAGCUGGUUGCCCGCAGCUGGGGACCAAGACCAUCUUGUCAGUGGUCCUUCCCAGGCUGGAGACCCUCCUGCAGCCUCGGAAGAGGUCUCGCAGCGCUAGUGGAGACACGGAGGACGAGGAGCCAUCCCCUGUGAAACGCUUUGAUGCAGGACUCUCUAACGGCUUUGUCGUCGACCAGGAGAAAGAGCUCAGUCCCAGCAGGCAGCUGGAGCCCCGACGUAGGUGCGCCUCAGAGUCCAGCAUCUCCUCCAGUGGCAGCCUGCUGUGUAGCACCAGCAGCAGUACAAGCCUUCCAAAGUGUGGGAAGGGCAAACCAGCGCUGGUGCGGAGGAGCACUGUGGACAACAAAAACGAACUGAUAGCCUGCAUCGAAACUGGGAAUUAUGCCAAAGCUGCCAGGAUCGCAGCUGAAGUUGGCAACAGCAAUAUUUGGAUGCCCGCUAGCGCUGCAACAGUUGUACUGGAACCUCUAAAACUAGUUUGGGCAAAAUGUAGUGGAUAUCCCUCCUACCCUGCCUUGAUAAUGGACCCCAAGGUGCCCCGGGGGGGCUGCCAUCACAAUGGGGUUGCCAUCCCAACGCCCCCCAUGGACGUGCUGCGGAUCGGCGAGCAGAUGCAGUACAGGUCCGGAGAGAAACUCUUCCUCGUGCUCUUCUUCGACAACAAGCGCAGCUGGCAAUGGCUUCCUAAAUCUAAGAUGGUUCCUCUGGGAGUUGACAAAACUAUCGACAAGAUCAAAAUGAUGGAAGGCCGCACCUCCAGCAUCCGAAAGGCUGUGCAGACGGCCUUCAGCCGUGCCAUGAACCACCUGCGCCGCGUCCAAGAUGAGCCCGUCAGCGACUUGAGUGAUGUUGACUGAGACUGCCUGGUGCUCGUUGGCUUUCCUCGAUCGCAUGCUGCGCUCCUUCCUGUUCCCCACCCAUCUCAGACUGUUACUUGAUGAAUGUGCAAGAGUUUCUCUGCUUUUCUGUGCUCCGGGAUGCAGUUGCUGUACCCAGAACUCUGAUGGUUGUUCCUCCCGGUCCAUCCACUCUGAUCUGUUUUCAGUUGCUUAUUUAAGUGUAAAUACCUGUAUAUUGCCUGACACUAACUUAUUUCUGUAGAUUUUUUUAUGCACAUUGUACAUUACUUUUCUUAAUAUUUAUACAUUGGUGCUACAAAAGCUGUACAGUUGUAGUUGUUGAAUGACUCCAAUAGGGCUAAUACUGCAUUGAAAGUAUUUCAAGGUUUUCAUUUGUUCAUUUCUUAAGUUAUUGAUGUUGAAACUCCAUAAGCUUCUCACCUGGCAUUAAUUUGUGUGUGUGUUUUUUUUUUAAACAAAAUGUUUUUAUAUGAAUUUUAGUAUGUUUCUGCUUGUAUAUAUUUAUAUAAAUGUGUAUAUCUCUAUCUGUAUACUUCACAGGGGAACUGUUAGGUGAUUUUAAUACCGGAAGUGCGUGGUCAUUCUCAUGAAAACCAAAAAAAACCUGCUGCCCAGAUCCCCCCCCCCUGGUUUUUCUACUUUUGAUUUGUGUAAUAUGAAAAGUAUUGCAUAAACAGUAGAGCAUCUCCUUCCUUUUACUGGUUUUAUUUCACUUGGUUACUGGGACCUGUAUUAAAGAUGUUAGUGGUGCAUCUGUUUCUUGUAAGCAGCAGGGGGUGUAGUGAUGGGGGGGAAAAAAUGUAUAUGCAUUACUUUAUAUCCAGAGAAAUUGUAAUAGUGGUACACUAAGAGCCUAUUUUUUGUGAUAUUUUUCUUUUUUAAAUUAUAAUUAACAGUGUGUAUGUCAUAACCUGUAAUUGUUGAUGGUUGAGCUAUGGAACGUGUUUAGUUGGGCCUGGGUAGCAGUGGGUAAAUUUUCAAGGCUUUAUUUUAAUGGUAUGUUGCAUACCAUUGGUUUUCUUUUUUUGAAUCCCACAUUAGUUCAUUGGUCCUGGUAUGGCCUAGUGGGUUUUUUCUUUUUUUAUUUUAUAUAAAUACACUGAAAAUAAAGAGGAUAAAUCAUUUACAGUAGGUUGCUGUGCAGUAGGCAUUUGUCCUAGAGC